UGACUACAGAUUCAUCAACUCUACUUCCCAACAUCUUAAGCCCAAAUCAAAACUCAUCAUUUCAACUCUUCAUGCCGUAAAGAUUAUGCAUCAUUAUAGUUCACAGCCACUUCCAGAUACCCCUCUUGCCCGUCUAUCCUUAGCCAAGUUCUCCCAUGUCACCACAUCGUUGAGUCACAGAGGCCCAUUGAACUGGGGUCAUAUCAUAGGGAACAAUGAUCUCACAGCCACUUUCGAGAAGCCCCGGGCCACAAACAGUUUGUCUGGGGAUAGUAUUGUGCUAAGGAUCUUUCGUUUCCACGAUAUCAUGGAAGAGCUCGAUCUCUCCUUCUUUGCUAUGGCCGCCACAAAGACCCCAUCUCAGCCUGCCCAGGGGCAAGCAUCGAAGCCAUCAUUCGCUGUCGUUGUGAAGCUACCCUGUGUGGCAGUGAAAUAUCCUCGCGGAAACAUGAUCCGCCGCUUUCAGAUCAAAUUCUCAGCCGAAAAGGACUACUAUGCAGCUCUAGCCAUCCUCAGCGAGAUAAAUUGUCCAUUUUCAGAAGCUAGUCCUGCCCCCAUGCACAAACAGACCUCCUCGCAGUGGAACACAGGAUCCUUCAGACCUGGCUCCAUGUCAAGCGAGCUGACAGUACCGAAUACCAUAAUACCUCCCAACAACGGUGUUGGUUUCCCUGUGUAUGCACCAGGCACAUAUGCUCGUCUACCGACGCCAAGCGUCACAGCAGGCACAUCGAUAACGUCCGCAUCUUCGUCCACCCUAGGCACCAGCCAUCCGUACCUAGCGACAAAUACACCCAGCAGUCUCGCCAAGUACAUGUAUACAGAAAGCAACCGUACGCAGUCCCUCAAUGGCCAAUGCCCACUCUCUGCCCUACAGGUCCACGGCACCUCGGAGGCUGACCCGUCCAGACCUUCCACUGCCACUUUGCCCCUGGAGACAGCGAACCUGGACCCGCCUCCCGUGAGGGUUCUUCCAUUUUCCAGACCGCUCAUGAAGAGGACUCACACAAUCGCCACGACCGGCAUCCCCGCUGGAAAUGUGGCAGCAUUUGGAAGCACAGUGUCUAGACCAUAUCCAGAACUAGCCCCUGCAAACAAGACACAAUCUCCUCCAUCACCGCACCCCCUAACUCAGGCUGAAACUCCCCGAAUCACCGUCCUGAAGUACUCGAACCCAGCCGCGCAAGUCCCAGCCCCAGCAGCUAACCCAGGCGGGUCCCAGCCAGUCCCUGGAGUCCCCUUACCCCCUUUGCCCUCCUAUUCAGGCCUCAUCACCGCCCCAAGCAACGAGCAGCAGCCAGCCACCUCCUGUGACCAGCACCAGAAGCACUAUCCUCUUGAAUCAGCCAUAAACAACAUCCCCACCAUCACAACAGCGGGAGCGCCGCAGCAAGAGCCACCCCAGGAACAUCAACAGCAGCAGACACAGCAGCAGCAGACACAGCAGCAGCAGACCAUACCACUCCCGACCCCGGAAGAUCUCGCAUCGUAUGGUUCAGCAUCCACGACGGAGCGCAAGCAACUCGUUGAGUCCUGGAUCUGUCGCCACGUAGAAGACGAUGCCUUCCUCAAGCUUUGUGAGGAUGUGGAGGGUGUAUGGCAGCGAAUGAAGUUGGGGACAAGUAAAGGAGGUACGUGAUUUGGGCUGGUGGAAUUUCCCUCGUGAUACCUUGCUAUUCUUCUUGUUUCUUGUUCAUCUUUUGCGCGACUGUUUCAAGGUUUCGUCAACCCUUUCGUGUUCCUUCUAGUUCACAGAGAUGUUCUUGACGUGAAGCAUGAAAUGCCGCGAUGUUGCUAUAUUUUUUUUUUCACGGGCCGUCGGGUUGUGGAGGGAAUAUCUUGUUUGAUCUCACUAUAUUACCACCGACUAGGGCAAGAAGUAAUAGAAAGAAGCGUAGGAAUGCAG